AUGGACGGCUACCAAUAUGCACUUCAACUCGCCCGAGAGAAGUACUUUGGUAUCAAUUGGUCUACGGUCCUGGGCCUUUUAAUUGUCGUCUGCAUCACGACUCGUUUUGUGACUGGACUUCAGAGUAGACGCAACCAAACCUCACCACUGGACGUGCCGGUGGCGCCCUAUUGGUUUCCUUGGAUCGGGCAUGGACCAGCCUUUCUAUGGAAUCAUGUCUCCUUCUUCAAGAGCACACGAAACUCCAUGGGGGAAGUGGUAUUUGGCAUAUACCUACGUGGUGUCAAGCACACUGUCGUAGCCUCUCCAUCCAUGAUGAAAGAGGUCCUUUCACUCAAGAAUGCCUCAAAUUCAGAGGUACUUGAUCAAUCUUUACAAAAUGUCUUUGGCGACCGUGCUCUCGUCCGGAGCCUGAACCUUGACAGCAAUCAAGGAGUCAAAGAUGUGGCCUCUACAGCUUUCGACGACGAUUCAUUUGUCGCAGAGGCUUCGUCUGCAAUUACUCGUCUGGUUCAGCAGAACAUGCCCAACCUGGUGAGCUUUUGCCGAAGCGAAGUUGACCAAAAUCCUUGGGAGCGUGGAAUCAGUCAGGUCGAACUUGACGAGGCAAACCAAACAGUCUGUGAAGCCAAUCUAUUUGCGCUUUUGAGCAAAUUCAUUGGCUACCUCACUUCCAACUUCCUGAUGGGAGAAUCUUUCGUGGAGAACUUCCCAGAUCUUGCAGAGGACCUUGGCAGACUCGACGAUACAUUCGUGACAUUGUUUGUAGGCACUCCUCGGUGGUUUCCACACCCAGCUGCUUCUGCUGGUCAUGCAGCUAGCGAUCGACUCCGCCAUAUCAUGUCAGUCUUCCAUCGAGCACUCUGUGCUGUGGAUGAUGGUAUUGACCCGGGUAUCGAAUUGCGCGACCUUGACGAUGCCUCUGAGUUGGUCAAGGAUAGAAUGCGCAUGUUCCGCAAGCUGGAACUAUCUGCCGGGGCCAGCGCCGCGGGUCACUUAUCUCUGUACUAUGACCUGAUUGAGCACACGACCAAGAUCAGUUUCUGGGCUAUCAUCCAUCUAUUUGCCGACCAUGCGCUUCUCGAACAAGUUCGCAAAGAGAUAGCGCCAUAUGUGAUCGCCUCUAGGCCAACUCGACAGGAGACAGGUUUCCCCUUCGACGAGCCACCUCGGCUCUCUGUUGAUAUUGAGAAGGUGCUUUCCUCGUGUCCUCUGUUCAAGGCCUGUUACUAUGAGACUGUGCGCCUGCAUUCGGCUGGUAUCUCGUUCAAAAAGUCAGCAUCCGAUAUCACGCUGUCCGAGACAGCAGAGGAAGCCGCUUAUGGUUCAACGGAGCCCCGGAAAUACAAAAUCUCUAAGGGCGAGAGAAUCAUAGUUCCUCAUGGCGCUUAUUACCACGACUCCCGCUACUUUUCAAACCCCGAUCAGUUCGAUCCCCUGCGGUUCCUCGUCACCGUUCCCGAAACUGGAGCUCAGCGAGCUGAUCCGAGUAUCCUCGCUCCUUUCGCGGAGGGUAUGUAUGGAUCUACUAACAAUGGAUUUACCGAGCGAUCUAUUUUGACCUUCACUGCCGGUGUUGUGGCAAUGUGGGAAAUUGAGCCCCAAAGUGGGAAAUUCCUCACAGUUCCCGGGCACAAAACUAGUUGGGGAGCUUUCCGACCGACGAAGGAUCUGCGAGUGCGAUUGAAAACGAGAGUUUGA